AGUAAAAUUUGACACUUCACGAAAGAGCGUCUAGUUUCGCAGCAAUAUGAGUUAAGCUUCGAUUAUAUAUAUACUUUCGAUUCAGUAUUUACAAGUUAUGGUUCAUAUUAAGUACAACCAGCUAAUUAAGGCCUAGAAAAAAUAAAACCAUGCGACUGCUGCUGGUAGUUUUGCUAUUUACUUUGCUCGUUGGAGCUGGAAGUCAGGACUCAAAUAAGUUUAUGGUAUGUAAAGAAAUGGAGUCUGUUUUUAGCGACGAACACAUUGCUGCAUCUAAUAGAAGAGGUGUGCCAGGACCUCCAGGGAAAAAGGGUCCUCCCGGAAUAAAGGGUCAACGUGGACUUCCGGGUGUUGCUGGCCAAUCAGAUGAAGUGGACUACGAUCGCAUAGAGCAAAUCGUCAAAGUUGCAAUCAAUUCAGAAUUAGAUUCAAUCACUGAACGUUUACGAUCAAUGGAAAGAAGAAUAACAAACAUUACUUCUUUACCAGAAUUGCAAUGUGUUGCAAUUAAAGGAAUGAUGUACGACGGAAAAUGCUAUUGGGUUGAAAUAAGUUCUUCAAAGGAUACCAACAUCCUUAAAGCGAAACAGAUUUGUGAGAUAAGUGACUCCAGAUUGGCUGAUGUUUACAGCAGAACACAUUACGAUGAUCUAAUGAAAUAUUUGAGAAUGAAAUUACCAAAGGGAUAUUCUGAUAUGUUUGUGUGGACUGGGAUACAGAGAAACUCGGCAAGUCAAGCGACACUUUCAACUGGACAGUUGGCAUCUUACAUAAAAGCAAGAUCUGACAAAACAAAAUGGGAAAAUGCGGAAGCACAAAGAACACAUGCAUAUUUACGCGUUUUACGUGACACUACGUCAACAGAUCAAGGAUUCGGGUCGAUUUGGCCGUCAUGGGAAGCCAAUGGAGUGUUAUGUCAAACCCUUUAAUAGCAUACGGAAGAUUUUUAAUUUUUUGAUGUAUUGUUUGUUCAAUGUACAUACCACAAUCUCCGAUAUUUUAAUUGACGCAAACUUUUUUUCUUAUUUAUACGAUAUCGGUUAACUUGUAAUUUGAAAAAAGAGUUCCGUUUUUGGCUUUACAGAGACAAAUAACAAACUUUCAAAAUAUCUCCAGGACAAUACAGUGACGUCACAUAAGUUGAAAAGAUAUCCUUAUUUUUAUUUUAAUACACGGUAUAUGGUGAAAACAUAUUGUCAUCUCAUUUAUUUCUAUUAUACUACAAAUCUUUAGCGCUUGCUUAACUGUACUUUUAUCACGCACCCAAAAUAUCCGAGCCUUUUAGCUUGUCAAACUGUGGUAUCUAACCAAUGUGUAAGGAAGAUACACUUU